AUGUUUCAAAAUUCUAACACUAAUAUCUCUAGUAAAAUAGAUCAAUUAGAAGAUGGCUCAUUAUUAAAAAUCAAUUUAGAAAUACUUAUAUGUCUAAUGAAUCAAUUAGAAUAUUUAAGAAAAGUGGCUCAUUUAUCAAAAAUUAAUUUAGAAACACCUUUAUUUCCAAAAGAUGGAAUAGAAGAAAAAAAUGGUUUAAUAAUGUUACCAAAAGAAUAUACAGUCCAGGAAAAUAAAGAACGCAAUUUUAAAAAAAUCACUUCAAAUAAAAAUAAUAAAGAAUCGAAUGAACAAUUAGAUGAUGAGCUAAAAAUAAUCAAAGAAUUAGAAGAAAUAAUCUAUGAAAUAGAUCACAAAAAACUAAAUCUAAAUUAUCAAUUAAGCAUUAUACAAGAAUCAAUAAUUGAACUUUAA